GCAGGCGUGACGUAGCGCGGAUGUCCCAGAAUGCCGCUGUCUGCCAGCGCAACAGUGAUCAAUGGUCAGGCUUGUCGGAUAAACCGGUGAUUAAACGCGGUAAAUGCCACAGAUCAGCGGGUGAUCGAAGCUGGACAUCGCUUCACGUGACAGUUCAUGAGUAAAUGAGAUCUACUUAGAGAAAUCAUCUUCAUCUUCAUCAUCUUCAGAGCUGAAGACAAACCCAGCAGGGCAAAUGGCCAGUCCCAGAACCAAACGUGUGCUGAAGGAGGUGCGGACCGAAGACGAGAACAAUGUGUGUUUCGAGUGUGGAGCGUUUAACCCGCAGUGGGUCAGCGUGACGUACGGGAUCUGGAUCUGUCUGGAGUGUUCUGGGAGACACAGAGGCCUCGGCGUCCACCUCAGCUUUGUUCGAUCUGUUUCGAUGGACAAGUGGAAGGACAUCGAGCUGGAGAAGAUGAAGAUGGGAGGGAACAGGAAGUUCCGCAUGUUCCUGGAGCUGCAGGACGACUACGAGCCCGGCUGGAGCUUACAGGAGAAGUACAACAGUAAAGCGGCUGCGCUCUUCAGAGACAAGGUGGUGACUCUGGCUGAAGGGAAGGAGUGGAGCAUCGAGGACUCGUCUGCGAGGAACUGGACGCCUCCACAAGCCAAGAGUGGCCUGAGCGCUUCACACCGGUCCAGUGCCGCUGCGGGUCAGAAUCACUCUCACUCUGAUAAAGCCUUCGAGGACUGGCUGUCUGAUGAUGUCAACUCUUACCAGAAUGCCGGAGCGUCCGGCGCGCAGGAGAAUCGAUAUGUGGGCUUCGGAAACACUCCCAUCCCGCCCAAGAAAGAUGAAGACUUCCUCAAUAACACCAUGUCCUCUCUCUACUCGGGCUGGAGCAGUUUCACUGUCGGAGCCAGCAAGUUUGCGUCUGUCGCUAAAGAUAGUACCACAAAACUGGCCAGUCAAGCAACUCUGAAGUUACGGGGUUAUAAACCACCGCCUGAGCCGGCUACUGAAUUGGGCCAGACGUUGAAUGACAGUGUUAUCAAGCCCACACAAGAGAAGGUGAAGGAGGGGAAGUUGUUUGAUGAAAUGGCCGUCGGCAUCACAGGUCUGGCCACUAAGGUUCAGGGUGCAGGUGCUAAAGGCUGGAAGGAUAUGACAUCGUUCUUCGGUGGGAAACAAGACGACGCUGAGGAUGGUUCUGCUUAUGAAGAAGGUUAUCAGAACCAGGAUCCCUUCGGCACUCAAGCUCCUAAGAAGGACUUCUGGGAAACUUUCGGGAGUACCGUGUCUCCCAGCGAUUCUGCGGAGAAGACCUGGAGCAUGGAGGCUCACGCCGACAAUAAGAACAGUGCCGGAGAGAGCUGGGAGACCUGGGACAACGACUGGGAGAAAGCUGGAGACGCCAAGAACAAGAAGAGCCCGUCGAAACCCAACGAGGACUCCUGGGACAACAGCGGCUGGUAGACCGGCUCACACCGGCCCAAACACACCUCUGGCGCUCGUCUCGCUCGUCGCCGUUCGUUUAAUGUUGAGAAUGAGUUUAUUAAAGGUCUUUCUGAGCCUUUCUCUGUCCAUGAUGGAGAUGUUUGAUAUUCCAGUAUCAUGUUUCAUGUCGACACCAGCAGAGAUCUGCAUGUCAUCUGCUGUUUGUGGUCUGUGGAUCAUAAACCUUCUGAUAAUGUGAGCGGAUCGCAGUGGCUUUCCUUCGUCAUGACUGACUCCGUUUGUCUGUUUGUUCAUCAAUUUUUGUUUUAUACGUAUAUGACAGAUUCCUAUUAAAAAAAAGCAUUUUUAUCAGCAGAAUCAUUCAGUCGUCAUAAAUCAUCCUGUGUAUUACGCAUUCAUGUUUACAUUGUCAUCCUGUUUAUUAUGUAAUCAUGACAAUAACCGAACGUUUGUCAGUAAAAGCACGAAACGUUUAGUUAAUAUCCUUCAGUUCGACAUCCAUCAUCACCUCAUGGCCUUUUGUGGAAAUCGCUGGUAUUUUUAAAGAUAUUUUGGGCGUUUAUAAUCAUGCUAUGUAUUUUGUUUGUUCGUUUGUUUCCCUCUUCUGUAUUGGCCUCCACGUGUUGUUCAUAUCGUCAUUCCAGAUGUGAAAUGUGUUUGACAUGCAAGAACAAAUGAUAUCACAAGGUUUCAUGUAAAACUCAAGGCAUGGACAUCAAACAUUAUUUAUUUCCCUUUUAUUUGUGAUUUCGGCUGAACGGGAUGUUUGUCUUUACCUCGGUAAUAAGGUGGUUGUUUACUGUGUUAUUGUCAAGGUCACCCUGACUCUCUCUAUGAUAUUGAACAUUUCUAUUAUCCACCCGAACAUCACGUGUUCAAUGAUCCGCUGAUUUGAUAUCUUCUUCUGUGUGGGUGUACCGGACGGGUACGUCUGUGAAACACCGUAUGUUUGAACUGUAACAACACCUGCUGUGUCUGGGGAACACGGGCGAGCUACACUAUAUUCUGCUAGUUAAAUGGUAUAGUUAAUAAAGCGUUAAACACCA